UGUAAUAAUUGUGAAUCUAAUCUAAUCUGAUCUAAAAAUGAACAGUAACUUUGGAAUAGUUGUGACUACUGAUCUGAACCUUGAGCAGCAGACUGUGACCUCUCUGUAAAGACUGCAGGUCUAUCGAAAUGAGAUCUACUGGCCCAGAACCUAUAAUUAGCAUGUUGUUGACUUCAGGGAAAUACAGAGAGCAGGAGCGCCGACAAGAGUUAGAGCUGUAAACAGAGAACGACAAGAAGAAGAAGUAUUUCUAAAACAAGAAUAAAACCAGACGAGAACAGCAGAGCACUUGACAGCUGGUUUUCAUGGAAUUUACAAGAAAAUAUCUCCCCAUGGAAUGGGAGGAAUGCUGGAGAAAAGAGAAAGAGAGCAGGAAAAAGAUCAUAGAAGAAGGUGGAGAGAAGUUUGAGGAGGAGAGCAGGAAGCUAAAAUGGAUCAUGUCCUACAAUGACAGGAGGAUAGGAAUGAAAGAAGGAGUGGUGAAAGAAACGGAGGAUGGUAAUAUGGAGGAAGAUGCACCAAUGCAAAGGUACCAUAGACAAAGUUACCCAAGUGAGAUCUUCCAGACUCUGGAGGAGAUGAAGAAGGAGAAUGUCCUCACGGACCUGAUCAUGAGCACUGAGGAUGGGCUUAGCCUCCAUGUUCACUCGCUUGUCAUGGCUGCAGUGAGCUCCGUCAUCCAGCAAAAGCUCCGGGAGAGGGAUGGAGAUGAGAAGGAGAUCCCGCUGAGAUUGGGUCCUGAGGUUAAUGGUUUUGGUCUGGCUGCAGUGGUGGAGCUCGCUUACACUGGAGCCAUCACCAGUCUAAACAAAGACAACAUGACACAGAUCCAGACUGCAGCUGUUAGUCUGGGAGCUCAGAGAGUCCUGGAGCUCGUCGAAUUGGAGGAAGAUGGAGGUAACAAGGAAGUAAAACAGGAAAAGGUCUCAGCAGAAGAGCAAAUGAAGGUCAACCAGCAGUCCAUGAAAGACUUAUGGGAGAGAAGAGUGGGAUGUGAUGUAGAACUGGUUGCAGAAGGAUCUGUUUUCUGUGCUCACAGGGUGCUCCUGGCAGCCAGCAGCGACUUCUUCAGAGGCAUGUUCACCAGCGGUAUGAAGGAGAGUCAGCAGGAGUCUGUGCCUCUGCUGUUAGUCGGAGCCGCUGAGCUCGAGACCCUCCUGCACUGUGCCUACAGCGGCGCUCUGGUGCUCGGAUGGGGCUGUGUGUUCGAACUUGCCUGUACCUCACUCGAGUUCCAAUUUCAGCCCGCCAUCUCACUCUGCCUCAAGUUCCUGGAGCAAGAGAUGGACAUCCACAACUGUCUGGACGUGGUGUCUUUUGCAGAGGCCUACGGGAUGGCUGACUUGCUAGAGCUGGCUGAGGAUUUUGUCCUCAGACACUUCCAAGAGAUAUCUGCCACCCCAAAGUUUAAGGACCUCCCAGCUGAGAAGCUUCUGCAGUUCCUCCGAUGCGACGCGCUGUCUACUCCAUCGGAACUGGCUGUUUUCCGAGCAGUCGUCACUUGGGUGGAUGCGGAUCCCAACGAACGUCUCCCACAGGCCGAAGAGCUCAUGCGAGCAGUGCGUUUUCCAUUCAUGACCUUCCGGGAAUUUCGAGAGGUUCGUGCUGUGAACCUGAGCAUGGAAUGCAGUGGAGAAGUUGAGGUUGAACUCUACAAGUCAGCACUAAAAGAGUUUGGAUUUGGCAUCUCUGAUCGUGUGGCACACCAACGUGUACGUCACCCCAAAGACACCCUGGUUUUGGUCGGAGGUGAUGAGCUGAAUCCAGACAUGGGUAAACGGCUUCCCAGCAAGCAGCUCUGGUUUGCUAACUCUCUGAGAAGCGGAACAGGCCUCGUGAAGGAGAUUGAGUGGAGACUGCUGGGUGAAAUGCCAGAUCAGGCCAGAUUCAGGCACGGUGUUGGGGUUCUUGACGGUCAACUAUAUGUAGCUGGAGGCUGCCAUUUCUAUGCAAAGUCUGACACCAUGAAAUCUGUUUACAGGUACGACCCUGGGCAAGACCACUGGAAAAGACUGGCAGACCUUCAUGAACUUAGGAGUAACUUUAUGCUGGUGGUGAGUGGAGACAGUCUGUAUGCUAUUGGAGGAGACAAAGACAUCAACACAAAUCUUGACAGUGUGGAAAAAUACUCACCAGAAACAGAUACAUGGAGCUUCUGCCAUCCUUUGGACCAAGCCUUGAGCGGUCAUGCUGCCACCGUCUGGGGAGGCGAGAUCUUCAUCUCAGGAGGCUUCAACUGCAAGUACGAAUGCCUGCUGUCCAUGUUCCUCUACCACCCAGAGAGAGGAACCACGUACCUCGCUGAGAUGACCCACGACCGGGCCCAGCACUGCAUGGAGAGUCUGAAUAACCGUUUCUAUGUAGCUGGCGGGGUGUGCAACCUCCGAAAGUACUACACCGACCAACUGGUCUGUGAGAUGUACAGUCCUGCAAGUGACACCUGGACAAUGUUAACUCCUCUCCCAAUUCCCCACGUCGGCGCUUCCUCUGCCAUCCUGGAGAAGAGGCUGUAUAUUCUAGGUGGUUAUUGCCAGGAGGACUAUAGCGAAGCCAGACUCACCCAUCGCUAUGAUCCAGUGAUGCAGAGAUGGGAGGGCAUGGGAAAGAUGCCUGGUGCCGUCACAGAUGUACGUGCAUGCCUCCUCUCUCUGCCUGAUCACAUCAGAAAAUGAGAAUAAGAUGAGCAAAUGUUUGUUAGCUUUAUGUGUGUAUCUUGAAAAUCUAGUGAGAUGCCUUGCUUUCUGCAUAGGAGCUGAGUAUCUGAAACGUUAACUCAGAAGUGAUUGUUUUGCAUUUUGGGAUGUACAUGCAGCACGUCUUAGUGUCUAAACACUCUUUGAUAGUCCAUUUUUAAUAAUAACUAUUUGAUUGCUACAUUUUGGUUUGUAAAUAUAUUUAUAAGUGACAUUUCUUUUGUUGACUAUCUGGUAUGAUAAUGGAACUUCAAACACAGUAUUGUUUGGAUGGGUUGUUACACGAUACCGAACACAGAUAACGUAAACAGAUGAAGUUUAUAUGUACUUACAAUCCAUUAAAUUCAUACCCUCAAAUGUCUCUUAUCGUUAUCCAUUAAACUGAUGAAAAACACAUCUUUGCUGUUGAUCAACACAGUCUACACAGUCACAAUCUAUCAGUUGUGGCCUAAUAAUUAGAGCAGUGUUUCCCAAUCCUAGUCCAGGAGAACCCCCAACACUGCACAUUUUUGGUGUCUCUCUUAUCUGACACACACAUUUGAUCACAGGUAAACAUAUCAAAUGUUCCAUUACAUAUAUGUAUUAUGAAUACUUUGAUAUUUUGCAAUCAUGAUCAUAGUAGUGUAUUACCUCCUGACUGUACCAUGGUACAUCCACAACACUUGAUAUAUUUGUCUAUUUUUGUGCCAAGUAAAAAGUUUUACUGGUGAUUUGUAACCCAAUAUGUAAAAUGAAUACGAUUUGAGUGUUUUUAAGAGGCCUACAGCAUUUCCUUACAAAAUAAGUGUGCACUGUUUUACUUGAUGGCCCUGCCAGUGUUAUAACAUUGUUUACUUUUGUUAAUGGUUAUGUGUAUUUAUAAAUCAAUACCAUGAUAUGGCUUUGUUGAUUUAAGCAUGUUGGUUUUAGUUUGCAUGUUGUCUAUGUAUUAGGUUUCAAAAGUUUCCACAAUGUAACUUUGUCUCAAAAGUAAAAAUCUACAAUGACACUUGUAUUUUAGUAUGUAAUGUUUUGAAUUUGUUUGAGCAUUGCAGGUUCAAAAUGUGUUGCUUAUACUGUAGUUUAAUGUUCAUAUACAUAAGAAUAUGAAUUAGAAUAUAAUUUAAUUUGUUGGAAGCAAGUUUAGUUUGUAGCAAGUCAUGUAUAUCCAAUGAUAUCUCUCUAUCGUGUGAAUCAUGGGAUUAAACCAAAGAGAUGGAAAUAUUAAAAUGUAAGAAAAUGAAAUAACAUUUGCAAGUGGGGUGGCCAGGCUUUAGUCUGGGUUUGUUGGCUGGUAAGUUUCCACAUUUAACUGGUAAAGACUUGAACUAACCUAUAAUGUGGACAAAAAUAAUGUUUCUCCAUUGAUUGAUUCUCAAAUGUAGCAGUCUAUUCUGAUGAAAUAAAAAUGUUGGUUUAAGAUUCAUCCAGUUAAAUAUAUUUCCAAAAUACAUGGUUUGGUUCUAAGAAUGAUGGUUUUCUUCUUGUCAUGUCUAAACAUGUCUAAAGAUUUCAUUGAAUCUUUUAUCACAGAAUAUUACCACUUAGAGCACAUACACAUUUAACAUCAAAAUAAAGAGAAAACAAUGAAUCUG